GAGCCAGCGGGCUGGAGAGCUCGGCGGCCACCCUCGGCUCGGCUCGUGGAUGUUGACCGCCCCCUCGGAGAGUCCCCGCAGAUAUGGCGGAGAGCUGGCUACGCGUCUCGGGAGCAGCGGCAGCGGAGGAGGCCGGACCGGAAGGCGGCCUGGAGGAGUCCGACGCCCUGGAUGACAGCCUGACCAGCCUGCAGUGGCUGCAGGAAUUCUCUAUUCUCAACGCCAAGGCCCCCGCCCUGCCUUCGGGGGACCCAGACCCCCACGGCUACCACCAGGUGCCAGGCUCGGCCGCGCCGGGGUCUCCCCUGGCGGCCGACCCCGCCUGCCUGGGGCAGCCGCACACUCCCGGCAAGCCCACGUCCUCGUGCACGUCGCGGAGCACCCCCUCGGGGCUGCAGGCCCCGCCUCCCGACGACGUGGACUAUGCCACCAACCCGAAUGUGAAGCCACCCUACUCGUAUGCCACGCUCAUCUGCAUGGCCAUGCAGGCCAGCAAGGCCACCAAGAUCACCCUGUCGGCCAUCUACAAGUGGAUCACGGACAACUUCUGCUACUUCCGCCACGCUGAUCCCACCUGGCAGAACUCCAUCCGCCACAACCUGUCCCUGAACAAAUGCUUCAUCAAGGUGCCUCGGGAGAAGGGCGAGCCAGGCAAGGGGGGCUUCUGGCGCAUUGAGCCCCAGUACGCCGAGCGGCUGCUGAGUGGGGCCUUCAAGAAGCGGCGGCUGCCCCCAGUCCAAAUCCACCCGGCCUUUGCCCGCCAGGCCGCGCCGGAGCCCAGCACCGCCCUGUGGGCCAGGCCACUGACCGUGAACACCGAGGCCCAGCAGCUGCUGCGGGAGUUCGAGGAGGCCACCGGGGAGGUGGGCUGGGGUGUGGGCGAGGGCAGGCCGGGGCAUAAGCGUAAACAGCCGCUGCCCAAGCGGGUGGCCAAGGUCCCGCGGCCCUCCAGCUCCCUGCUGCUGACCCAGGAGGAGCAGGGCGAGCUGGAACCCCUCAAGGGCAACUUUGACUGGGAGGCCAUCUUUGACGCCGGCACGCUGGGCGGGGAGCUGGGCACGCUGGAGGCCUUGGAGCUGAGCCCACCACUGAGCCCCGCCUUGCACGGGGACGUGGACCUCACCGUCCACGGCCACCACAUCGACUGCCCUGUUACCUGGGGGCCUCCGGUGGAGCAGGCUGCCAACAGCCUGGACUUCGACGAGACCUUCCUGGCCACAUCCUUCCUGCAGCACCCCUGGGACGAGAGCAGCAGUAGCUGCCUGCCCCCCGAGCCCCUCUUUGAGGCCGGGGAUGCCACCCUGGCCUCUGACCUGCAUGACUGGGCCAGCAUGGGCGCCUUCUUGUAA